AUGUACCGCGCCCCGCUACAUUUCUUUAUUCCUACUUCGCUCGCAUGGUUGGCAACCCACGGCGCCAAUGAAGGGAGAUGCGCCAACCUCGUUGAGCUUAUGGAUAUGCCUUUAGAAGCUGAAACACUUACAAAUAAAGGCUUCUCUGUCCCGGUUCGUAGAGGUCGACGGACAGCACUAGGCUUCUGCACACUGUUCGUGUUGGCGGCCGCUCUCGCUGUAACAUUUUUAGUGACGAAGUGCUUCAAUGGAAUCCGAGCAGGCAAAAAAACAGAAUAUGGCACGCGGAGACUUGCAGAAGCUCCUGACGACUCUUGUUUUGUAAGCGCCGCUGAAAAACGUAGUCUGAUGAUGAGCUGUAGCCUUCAGGCAUCACAGUUGUUCCUCAAAUCUGAAAUGUGCUCUUUAAAACGUGUGGUGCUGAUACCAAGUGUUCUCGGUUCACAUUGUGGUAGUUUUCUAGGGUGCGUCGUGACGUUGGUCACUUGCUUUACGUCGGUACCGUUGUCCGCACCGCACCAAGCUGGCGAAGAUCUCACGAGUGACUGGAAAGGCGAGACGUUUCAGAGCACUAGCCACAGCUGA